AUGCAUGACCUUUGCUUCGACGGAAGGUGGAGGUGGAGAUGGAGGCAGAACUUCUUUCUCGUCAUCUGGCUUCUCCUGUUGUCAGCCACUCCACCCAAAGCUGACGGUUAUUUCCUGGGAGACACGAAGGCCGUUCUAAACGGCUGCGAGGACCACUGGACGCUGCAGGACGGCGUCGCCAUGCCGCGGCUCUUUCAGAUGACUUUGUGCGUGGACAUCCGCGUGGUCGUCCCCGGGGCCUGGGUGGCCUUCUCUUACAGCUCGGCCCACGCGCCCAGACCCGAGCUGGGCCUGGAGGGGGACGACGACGCCCUGUACGCGUGGCUGCUGAGAGUCCGACACCGGUUCCCUAUCCGGCUGUCCCCGAAACACUGGCACAGGGUGUGUCUGAGGAGGGACGUGACAGGCAACUCCAUCAGCCUGGAGGUCGACGGGAGAACGGUGGGGAAGAGGACGGUCAUCGCUGGGGCCAUCCCCCCCGCCGGCUCCCUGUGGCUGGGCUGCCGUCCCAGAUACCGGCCCCCGGGGGGAGCCGCGGUGAGCGGGCAGGUGGAGCUGUACCUGUUCCGCAUGUGGGCCGACCUCGCCCGCCACGGCCCCUGCGAGGACGGCACCGUGAUUGGCUGGAACGCUCGGUCCUGGGGCGUGACCAGUCCCCGGGCCAGACGGAGAGACCCCGCCCUCCUGUGUGGUGCUUACUAUUGGACGGCCAUAAGCGUGGCGGCCACGGGCGGCGACAAGACCGAACAAGACGUCCACGACUUGGUGUCGAAUGCGUUCAGUUGCCACGGCACCGAUGGAUUCUUCUGUCGUGCCGAUGUACAAAUUCAGACGAUGCAGGUGAACUGCAGUGCAAAACGUGCCAUAAGCUCCAUCUCGCCGUCUCGGCGUGUCAGCUGCAGCUCGCCGGCGUCUCUGCACUGCAGCAAGCCGGAGAUCAACUGCUCCGAGCGAGCGUCACGGCAGAGCUCCCGCAUUGAGCCCAACUCUCACCUGGCUCUGGAACUUCAGACUGACUCCUGCAGCAGCGACGUGCCUCGGUAUUGCGACUGCGACGCUUUCUGUAGCUCCGCAGGACCAGGAGUCAAUUUGACAACUACUGCAGCCCUCACUUCCGCUGAAGCUACGUCAGACACAACAACUACGCAUGGGAUAUUUCCGGUCGAGAGUAACACAACUACUUCAAAGGUUCCCUUGACUUCUUCGACAACACCUUUCCAAUCCAUCCCGCGUCCAACAAUAUCCGGGACAUCCCGGGAGGAACAAGCAAACCAGCUGCUGAAUCAAACACAGGAUGCGUCUCAGCUCAACUCCUCCCAGGUGUCACAGUUGGUGGGAGACUUAGAGAAGCUCCUGGAUGGCCCCACUAUCUCUCAGUCUCUGGGACAAAUGGCUGUCAACGUAAUAAGCAACCUGAUGGAUGUCGACUCCGUGGCCCUGUCUGCGUCUUCUGACAGGCUGGUUCGUCUGGUCGACGAUCUGGGUCUCAAACUAGUCGUCAAUGGCGACAAUGUGAUCGUCUCUUCGGGUUCGCUGGUUUUGGCAGUGAAGGAAGUCGAUGGGACGAACUUUCCACUUACAUCCGUUGACAUAUUCAACACGGAUAACGUCCAGAUCCGUUCCCUCAGUAGAUCCCGAUCCAAGAGGUCUGGGUCUUCUCUGGGGUCUGUAUCCUUGCCCUCCUCCCUCACCGAUGGACUCAGUCUUGAGCAGCAGAAUCAGGCCAGCAGGGUCCAGUUCACCUUCUACACCAAAUCCGCCUUCUUCCAGGAUGCAGCACUAGAAGAAACCCUUGUCAGUCCAGUCCUGGCUGCCAGUGUGGCCAAUCUAUCAAUAAGCAACCUGAAAGAGAAUAUCCAGUUCACCAUCAGGAACAUCGAGCCCGUACAUGAAAACUACACAGCCUCCUGUGCAUUUUGGCAAUCCGCUCCGAAUGGUGGAGGAGGACACUGGAGCUCGGCUGGAUGCUUCGUCGUCAACGCCACACGAGAAGACACGACCUGCAGCUGCAACCAUCUCACGUCCUUCGCAAUUCUGCUGGAUUUGUCCAGAGACGUGAUAAUUGACCGCAAGCAUGCGCAGAUCCUCACUUUCAUCACCUACAUCGGCUGUGGGCUCUCCGCCAUUUUCCUGGGGUUCACCUUACUGACGUACCUCUUAUUUAACAAACUGCUGCGGGACAUUCCCGCCAAGAUCCUGGUCCAGCUCUGCAUGUCCCUCCUCCUCCUCAACCUGGUCUUCCUCCUGGACGGCUGGCUGGCGCUCUACCCGGCGAAGGGGCUCUGCAUUAGCACCGCCUUCUUCCUGCACUACUUCCUGCUGACGUCGUUCACCUGGGCGGGGCUCGAGGCGCUGCACAUGUACCUGACCAUCGUGCGGGUGUUCAACCCGUACUUCAGCAGAUACAUGCUCAAGUUCUCCCUGAUUGGCUGGGGCAUCCCUCUUCUCAUGGUGACAGUUAUAAUAUCAGUGGACAAAGACAACUACGGUCUGGUCACCUACGGACAAAACACCGAUGGCACAACAGAUGACUUCUGUUGGCUGCGUAACCACAUCGCCUUCUACGUGGGCGUGGUGGCCUACUUCCUCCUGAUCUUCGUUCUGUGCCUGCUGGUCUUCAUCGUCGUCAUGAUCCAGCUCUCCCGGGUCAAAAAGCAGAACCCCCAGAACCAGCAGCCCAACCGGGGCGUGAUGGCCGACCUGCGCAGCGUCGCCGGCCUCGUCACCCUGCUGGGUCUCACCUGGGGGUUCGCCCUGUUCGCCUGGGGGCCGCUCUACCUCCCCUUUGUUUACCUUUUCACGAUAUUCAACUCUCUGCAGGGAUUUUUCGUCUUCGUCUUCCACUGCGCUUUGAGGGAGAACGUCCGCAGGCAGUGGAGAACGUACCUCUGCUGCGGGAAACUGCGAUUGGCUGAGAACUCGGAUUGGAGUCGGACGGCCACCCAGAACAAAAGGGGGACGUCCGUCGCCACGGCAACCACCUCAAUCCCCUACCUCACCUCCCAAUGCUCCUCCGUCGUCAGCGACGGCACCGACUCCAUAUUCACGGACACCUGAACAUCCGACGCGCUCCUCGGCGAGAGUCCGAGGCCCGGCAGCCGUGGCGACGGACCGGUUUGUGACCUGCAACGGGCGUCCAGUCGGAGGUGACCGAUCUCCUGCAGCUCGACGCAAACGCGAAUCCCCCCAGGAGUGGACGCCCCAGAGGAACGCUCCUCCUCCCGCGAAGGUCGUGCAGGUGAAGGACGGAGGAACCUCUCCACGCCGUUUCGAUGUUAACGGUAGAAUACAUGAAUAUAUGAAUAAUGCAAGAGCAUCGGCCGCGGUGGGAAGUGUACAGGAGGCGUGUUUUUGACUGAAAUAUUUAAAAGAAAAUCACUUUUAUGGCCGUGACUCGAUUAUUUUUUUAUUAUCAGCGCCGUUACUGUAAAUAAUAAAUUAUCAGAUUAUCGAGAGUCUUAUUUUUCUGUGUUUUUAAUAUAUAUAUAUAUAUAUAUUAUAUAUAUAGAUCACGAAGGGACCAAUUCCCAACGUCCUCUGGGAAAUGAUUCUCUUUAUUAGAGACGAGGUGGAAUGAAGGGGAAAAUGCACAAGCCAAAACUCCAUCAUAACAAAUAUAUUUGUAUGAGUGUUUAAGGGGAGUGGCGGUUCCAGACCAUUUCAAAUGGGGGGGCAGGCACCUCCGAGUUGUUCUGUUUGUAUGUUAGAGAGUCUUGGAUUCAGUGUAUGGAGAAUGAAGAGACAUAUAUUGCUCAAUGCCCUUGUGCACGCCGUGAGAUCAUUAAAACGUACACUCACCUGUC